GCAAGGAGCCAGGAGGUCCUCACCGCCUGAGCAGAGGCCCCACACCCACGAGGCAUGAGGCUCCCUGCGCUGCUCUGCCUGGCUGUGCUAGCCGCCAGCAGCUUCUCCGAGGUGCAGGAGGAAGAAAUCACCCCUGAGGUCUCCAUUGCCUACAAAGUCCUGGAAGUUUUCCCCAAAGGCCGCCGGGUGCUCAUAACCUGCCAUGCACCGCAGACGCCUCCGCCCGUCACCUACUCCCUCUGUGGAACCAAGAACAUCAGGGUGGCCAAGAAGGUGGCGAAGAUCCGCGAGCCGGCCUCCUUCAGCCUCAACAUCACACUCAAGUCCAGUCCAGACCUGCUCACCUACUUCUGCCGGGCGGCCUCCACCUCGGGUGCCCACGUGGACAGUGCCAGGCUGCAGAUGUACUGGGAACUGUGGUCCAAGCCAGUGUCCGAGCUGCGGGCCAACUUCGCUCUGUGGGACAGAGGGUCAGGCCCCAGGGUGGAGGUGUCCUGCCAGGUGUCCUCGGGCAGCCCACCCAUCACCUACAGCCUGGUCGGGAAGGAUGGCCAGGUCCACCUGCAGCAGAGACCACGCCACGGGGAGCCUGCCAACUUCUCCUUCCCACCGAGCCAGACAUCAGACUGGUUCCAGUGCCAGGCUGAAAACAACGUCAGUGUCCAGCACAGCGCCCUCACGCUGGUGCCCCCAGGUCGUGACCAGAAGAUGCAGGACUGCCAAGGCCUCUGGAGUGCCCCGUCCUUGCCUUGCUGCCCUACGGGAGCGCCCACCGUCUGAAAAGGAGCCUGGAGGGUUUUCAGGGUAGGGAACGGGGAGGUCAGAGGUCGCAAAGCAGCAGCCACAUAGAAUGAGCUGUCCAGAGAGCCGAGCAGGGCAGAGGACUGUGGACCAUCAGAAUGUACCGUCUGUAUUUAGAAUUCACGCGAAAAUGAGUGUGUUUUAGCUGCUCUUGCCACAAA